AUGACCGAUCUUGUUGCCGAUAGUCUAUCAUCUGAAAUUGAUGUCGAUUGGAGUGGUGCUGUGCUGUACACGCCGUAUUAUACACAAGCCCUUCUUUAUGAAUAUGCUGAUUGCGUAGCUGUACAAACAUUGUUAAAAAUGGCAAACUUACCAGUUCGCUUGGAAGAGCGUCCGAAUGCUGAAUUCAUGUCACCAACCGGAAAAGUACCUUUCCUGAAGUUGCAAUCAUUCCUGGUAUCCGAAUUUUUACCAGUUGUUGAUUUUCUCGCGAAACGUAAUGUAAAAUUAUCAGCAGGCUUGACAGAUCUAGAACGAGGAGACAUGCAUGCACAUAUGGCUCUUUUCGAUGACAUUCUUAAAAAUGUCGAGAUGUAUGUUAUGUGGAUGGACAAGAGGAAUUAUUCUCAGGUAACGAAAUGCAGGUACGGAUCAGUUUAUCUGUUUCCGUUGAAUCUAAUUUUACCACGAGUGAAAUGGCGUGAAGUGAAUAACUAUUUAACUGCUGUAGAUUGGAAAAGUAAGUCACAGGAAUGUGUAAUGGAUUUAGCAGAUCGCUGCUUCAAAAGUAUGUCGUCGAAACUUGACCACAAUGAAUACUUCUUCGGUGAUUCACCAACUGAACUAGAUGCAUUGGCAUUCGGUCAUUUCUAUACCAUUCUGACAACAGAACUGCCGAAUAUGGAAUUAAAAAAUUGUCUUCGUCGAUAUUCAAAUUUAACUGAAUUUUGCCAAAGGAUUGACAAAAAAUAUUUCGUUCCAGGAACAGAAGCAAAGAAGUGA